CCUACGCGCCGCCGCCACCGCCAUCGUUGCGCCCAUCGAGCAGCCGCGUUGUGGAGAGAGAGAGAGGGAGGGAGGUGUCGGCAUGGAGGAGGUCGGCGUGCCGCCGGUGGUGUUUGAUGGGGAGAAGGUGGCGGAGGCGGUGGGUGACGUGGAGUACGGCGGGGAUGCGCUGAAGCAGUGGGAGGCGAUGGGUUCGGAUGAUGAGGACGAGAUGGAGGUAGGCGAGGAGGAGGUGGAGGAUGAGGAGGAGGAGUAUGGCGGGGAUGCACUGGCGUCGUGUAAGGCGGCGGAUUCGGAUGAUGAGGAUGAGGCGGAGUCCGCCGAGGAGGAGGAGGAGGCGGUGGAGGAGGGGGAGGAGGAGGUCGAACACGUGUUCUACGACAGCGACGGCAGCGAGGACGAGAACGACGGCGAGGAGGCCGAGGAGAGCAUCAGCGGCGGCGCCCCGCUGUUCGUGCCGGAAGGGCAGUUUCUUGGGCCGGCGCAGUUCGCGUCCGUCGGGUGCACCGCCGGCUUCAUGCGGGUGGCCGCCGUCGAGUCGGACCCGUCCGACGGCCAGGAAAUCCUGGUGCUUUACCGCUACACCCUCUUCAAGAGGACAUGGAGAGAGCCGACGGGCGUGGAGUCGUCCAGGUGGAGGAGGAUCACGAAGCUGCACCGCCUCCGUUUCGUCGUCCCGGCCUCCGGCGACCCAGCGAGCUCGCUUCCAUUUGCCGGCUUGUCGCUGUCCCCUCUGAUCUACCACGAGGACUACACCGAGGAGCUCGAGGAUCUGUGGUCAAAGCUGGCCGCGCCGGUGCGCAUCCCGCCGGGAGCCACGCGCGUCCAGGUGAUCGUCGACGUGGGCAUCCUCAAGCCGGCCGACGACACACCGGAGCGCAGGGAGUACAUGCGCGCCGAGCUGGAAUCCAAGAAGGAGCAGCCCUGGCCAGGGAACCUCCUCGGCAUGGAGCUGCACCUGCCGGAGCCGGUGGCAUGCGGCAAGAGGGACGGUGCCGAGGUGUUCGACGACGACGUCGCGCCGCCGGCGAAGCGGAGGAGGGUGGUCGCCGCCGGGGAGGAGUGCCCCGUCUGCUUGGAGGAGCUCGAGACCGGCGCCGUGGCGUGGCCGGGGUGCUCUGUCCCCCACGUCUUCCACGGCAAGUGCUUGGAGACGACGAUCAAGGGGAGCCAGACGUGCCCCAUCUGCAGGCGUGAUCUUGGUCUGAAAACCUUGCAGGAUUAGGCGACAGAUCGACUUGCAGUUGCAACAGAUGAAUUGAGUUGUACAUUGUCAAUGUAGCCCUAAUUUCUUGCAUGAAUCUGGAGCAUCCUUUUCUUCAGAUUGAACAUUCUACAUGUUGUACAUGGUUCACUGUAAAAGGUUCCAUGGAUGAUGAUAAUGUUUCUGCUUUGCUUUAAGCAAUUCUUUGUAAUAAAAUUCCUGACUUUUUUGGAUCAU